AUGUCUGCAGGAGCCAGACAUCAGGAGCCAGACGGUAGGCUGAAGACAGCAGAAGCCAGAAAACACGAGCCACAAAGUAGGAGCCAGACAGAAGACGCCAGACAGCAGGAGCAGGCCAGACAGCAGAACCAGACAGCAGGAGCCAGAAAAAAGCAGAGCCAGACAGAAGGAGCAAGAAAGCAAGGUCAGAUAGCAGGAGCCAGACAGCAGGAGCAAGAAAGGAGGAGCCAAAGAGGAGCCAGACUACAGGAGGACAGGAGAACCGGACAGGAGAACCGGACAGCAGGAGCCAGAAAGAGCCAGAAAGUAGGAGGCAGACAGCGGGAGCCAGAAAGCAGAGCCAGACAGCAGGAGCUAGAAAGCAGAGGCCAUACAGCAGGAGCCAGAGAGCAUGAGCCAGACAGCGGGAGCCAGACAGCUGUAGCCAGAACGCAGGAGCCAGAAGGCAGGGGCCAGAAAACACGAGCGAGACAGCAGAAGCCAGCCACACAGCAGAACCAGACAGCAGGAGCCAUACAGCUAGAAACCAGACAACAGAGCCAGAAAGCAGGGGCCAGAAAGCAGGAGCCAGAAAACAGGAGCCAGACAUCAGGAGCCAUACAGCAGGAGCUAGACAGCAGACGCCAGACAGCAGGAACGACAAAACAGGAGCCAGACAUCAGGAGCCAUACAGCAGGAGCUAGACAGCAGACGCCAGACAGCAGGAACGACAAAACAGGAGCCAGACAGCAGGAGCCAGAAAAAAAGGACGCAGACAUCAGGAGCCAUACAGCAGGGGCCAGAAAGCAGGAGCCAGACGUUAGGAGUCAUAACGUAGUAGCCAGACAACAGAGCCAGACAGCAGGAGCCAGACAACAGGAGCCAGACAAUAGGAUGCAGAGCCAGAAAGCAGGAGCCUCACAGCAGGACCCAGAAAGUAGGAGCCAGAAAGUAGGUACCAGAAAGCAGAGCCAGACAGAAGGAGCAAGAAAGCAGGAGCCAAAGAGGAGGCAGACUGCAGGAGCCAGACAUCAGGAGCCAGACGAUAGGAUGCAGACAGCAGAAGCCAGAAAACACGAGCCACAAAGUAGGAGCCAGACAGAAGAAGCCAGAAAACACGAGCAGGACAGCAGGAGCCAGCCAGACAGCAGAACCGGACAGCAGGAGCCAGAAAGCAGGAGCCAGACAGCAGGGGCUAGAAAGCAGGGAGAGCAUGAGCCAGACAGCGGGAGCCAGACAGCUGUAGCCAGAACGCAGGAGCCAGAAGGCAGGGGCCAGAAAACACGAGCGAGACAGCAGAAGCCAGCCACACAGCAGAACCAGACAGCAGGAGCCAUACAGCUAGAAGUCAGACAGCAGGAGCUAGACAGCAGGAGCCAGACAAUAGGAUGCAGUCAGCAGAACCAGACAACAGAGCCAGAAAGCAGGGGCCAGAAAUCAGGAGCCAGAAAACAGGAGCCAGACAUCAGGAGCCAUACAGCAGGAGCUAGACAGCAGACGCCAGACAGCAGGAACGACAAAACAGGAGCCAGACAGCAGGAGCCAGAAAAAAAGGACGCAGACAUCAGGAGCCAUACAGCAGGGGCCAGAAAGCAGGAGCCAGACGUUAGGAGUCAUAACGUAGUAGCCAGACAACAGAGCCAGACAGCAGGAGCCAGACAACAGGAGCCAGACAAUAGGAUGCAGUCAGCAGAACCAGACAGAAGGAGCCAGAAAACAGGAGCCAGAUAG